GAACUUCGAAGCUUACAACUACUGAGUUAUAUUAUCAAGCAUGGCGUUGAAAAUCCAUUCCCAAGGUGGUAAGACUGCUUUUAAAGACUACACAGAGAAAUUUGCACACAUUGAGGAUCCCCUUGAAAGAAGAAGAUUAGCUUUGGAAGAAAUCGACAAAGCCGGGUUUGGAUGGACCCAAAUGAAGAUGAUUUUGAUUGCCGGAGUGGGGUUCAUGACUGACUCGUAUGAUAUUUUCGCCAUUAACAUCGGUACCUCUAUGAUGGCUUACGUGUUUUGGGAAGGUACCAUUCCUACCCCUACUGCCACUUUGAUCAAAGUUUCCACUUCGGUAGGUACCGUCAUGGGACAACUUGGUUUUGGUUUCAUGGCCGAUGUGGUUGGUAGAAAAAAAAUUUAUGGUCUUGAAUUGAUAGUGAUGAUUGCUGCUACCAUCGCUCAAUGUACUUUGGGAGACUCUCCUGCCAUCAACUUUGUGGCGGUAUUUGUAUUUUUCAGAAUCAUCAUGGGUAUUGGUAUCGGUGGGGACUAUCCAUUGUCCUCUAUCAUCUCCUCUGAAUUUUCCACCACCAAGUGGAGAGGUGCUAUUAUGGCUGCGGUUUUCUCUAACCAAGGUCUCGGUCAAUUAUUGGCUGGUAUCGUGGCCAUCAUUUUGGUGUCUGGUUACAAGAAUGAUUUGAUCGAUGCCACUACUGCUGCUGAAUGUGGUGUUGCCUGUAAGAGAGCCUGUGAUCAAAUGUGGAGAGUGUUGAUUGGUUUUGGUUGUGUUCCUGGUAUUAUUGCAUUGUACUACAGAUUGACCAUUGCUGAGUCACCAAGAUACCAAUUGGACAUCAACGAAGUCGAUGACUUGGCAGUCAAGUCUGGUCAAAUCGAUGUAGUGGAAGAGGAAUUAAAAGCCUUGACUCCUCCAAAAGCUUCUUUGAAGGAUUUCUUCCACCAUUUUGGUCAAUGGAAAUACGGUAGAAUUUUGUUGGGAACCGCUGGUUCUUGGUUCAUGUUGGAUAUUGCUUUCUAUGGGUUGGGAUUGAACACGGCUCUUAUUUUACAAACCAUUGGUUACGCUUCCAAUGAAAAUAUUUAUUUGAAGUUGUACAACACGGCUGCUGGUAACUUGAUUUUGAUUUGCGCUGGUUCGUUGCCAGGUUACUGGUUCUCCAUUGCUCUUGUCGAUAUCCUUGGAAGGAGAACCAUCCAAUUUGGAUCUUUCCUUAUCUUGACGGUUUUGUUCUGUGUCAUUGGAUUCGCUUACCACAAGCUUGGUGACCAUGGAUUGUUGGCCUUGUAUGUGUUGUCUCAAUUCUUCCAGAACUUUGGUGCCAACACCACCACCUUCAUCACUCCAGGAGAAAUUUUCCCUACUAGAUACAGAUCCACUGCCCAUGGUAUGUCUGCUGCUUCCGGUAAGGUUGGUGCCAUUGUUGCCAUUGUGAUUGCCAAUAGUUUACUUAACCAUGGAUGUUCUGCCACCAAUGCUAACUGUUUCUUGCCUCACGUGAUGGAAAUCUUUGCUUUAUUCAUGUUGAUUGGUUUCUUUUUGACAUUUUUAGUGCCAGAAACCAAGAGAAUGACUUUGGAAGAAAUCUGUGAAAAGUACCAUGACGAAGUCGAUGCCACUAAGGUUGCCAAGGAUAGAUUCGUUGAACACCAGUAUGAUUCCUCAUCCACUGAAAAGAAGGAUGUUGAACAAGUUUAAACACUUAACGCAUUAAGUAUAUAAUAUUAUUGAUAUAGGAUUUGGCCAAUGUAGGAAAAGUUGUGGAUCGUUUAUGUUGACUAUUUAGUCUGUCUGUCAAAUGCAACGUUCAUUUUGCACUCACUGGCUCACCCUAGUCCCCGGGCCCGUCCUCGGGGUGUAUUUGUCACCAGGUGACUAUACCCUGCUGUAGACGUGUGUGUACCACCCUCGCCGGAUUAUCUUGGAACAACCCUCCGCAUGUCCGAGACCCUCGCGCCAUUGGCGCCAUCUCGCCAUGUCCCCAGCGCGGCCGCUAGGAGGCCGUCACUCUGGAAAAUCUCGCAAAUCUCGCGGAUGUCACCCUAUUCACUUGAUCCAUUCACCCGCCCGAGUUCAGCCAUCAUAUGUUGGCAACCACUUCAAAGCCAUUACUGACAUGGUGUCCAGCACCAUCCGGUGCCUAUAUUGAUACCUAACUUUAGGUGUUAACUUCAGCACUCAUCAUCUUGUCUUGUGGUCAUUGGCCUAACCUUACUCGCUAUUUUGGCCAGUCGGAGAAGAGACUCC